AUGCGUUGUUCGUCCACAGUAUUGCUCAACGGAAUCAGCAGUGGUAUAAAACGUGACGAUGCCCUGGAGACGGCACAGUCCAUCGGAUUUUUCAGUGUAAUCACUUGUGAGCAGUCACACCACCCAAGCAAAAUGAUCGCCAAAUUCGUUGUUGUAUUCGCCCUCGCCUUGGCCGCUGUGCACGCUGGAGCUAUCGCCCCGGCUGCGUUGGUCGCGCCAGUAGCACCAGUUGCUUCUGCUGCGGUUGUGGCUCCUUACGCCAGCUCUUACUCGGCUCAUGCCGUGAACCACGCCGUGGCUGCUCCAGUCGUCACAGCUCCCUAUGUCGCCGCUGCCCCCUACGUCGCUGCCCCCGCCGCUGCCCCCUACGUGGCCGCCCCUGCCGCUCCUCUCGUCGCCCCAGCUUCACCCUACUUCGCCAGAUACCUAUCAGCUCCAUACUACCUAUAAACGAAUUUGGUGAUAUCAUUGCCUAGUGACUUGCUCAGAUUGUAAUAUAAUGCUUCCUAGUUAUAUCGAUUAUAUAUUUUGUUGAUAUACGAAUUUA